AGGGUAUAUUCCGUUUGGCGAGCGAAAACGUCCUUAGAACCAUGCGCAAAGGGCGCGAAACUCUACUCACCCUUCUAGAGGCAUUCGUGUAUGACCCUCUUAUCGAUUGGACGGUAGGCGGAGAAGUACUAGCAGGGGCGGCGUUUGGAGGCGGGCACCACGCCACUGUGACUGGGGCAUCGGCGACGAGGGGCAGCGUUGGAGGCGGUCUCAAGAAGACGAAACGGGAACUUGAGAGAGAAGUGACGGUGGCUAUGUUCGAUGUCAGGUGCACUGAGAUGAGGAUCGAGUGGAUUGAGAACAGGGACGAGAUCGAGAACGAAAUACCUCACGUCACCGAAACUCUUGACUCAUACGCUGAAAUUAUGCAAGAUAUAUCAGAAACGGAAGGUGUACUACAAGAACUACAUCAACAGCUGGCGCUGAUAAAAGAAGCCGAAGCUCAAGGGCCAAACAAUCAUUCACUGUACAAGCUGCCUUCCCAUCACGAAGCAUAUCACAAAACACAAGAAGCUAUGGUGACUGCAAGGAAAGAAAUCGACGAACUUGUGAUAGCGUGCGAGAAGCACAUCGAAAGCUAUAAGAACAUCGUGGAAACGCAACAAUGCAUCCAGUGGUUGAAUGAGAUCACCAAGACAGCAACUGCUGAAGAGAACGUUAGAAUUUUCGAUUUGGUGAAGGAAUUUUUGCACAAUGCCGGAAAAGACGACGUGGUGGCUCAGUGCGAAACUUCUGAGCAAGAGGUCUUCCAGCUAUCGCAGCAUUUGAAUUUAGGCAUCCGAAAAUGUCUGCAAAUAUACACCGAAUACUUCUCGAUUUUGAGUCAGUGCCCAAAAACCUAUUUGCAAAACCACAGGGUGUAUGUUUACUUGCAAUGGGUUAGGUUCCUGCUUCAAAUGAAGAACUCUCAGAGCUGUGACGUGGUGUUUGAAAAACUUAAGGACUUCCACGAUUCAACAAAGAUACUGAACAGUGCGCAGGUGGUCAAUGUGGCUCUAAGUCUCGAUACUUUGUAUAAGGAGAAUCUCAUGCAGGUGAACAAACUAUUCGAAGAACUAGCGACGAUUCGAACAAAAGACGUGAGCACCUCUCUAGAAAAAAUGUACUCGAACGCGAAAGCAGGUGUAGCGACCUUCCUGGCUCGCGAAAAAGGUGCGGCUAGCGCCAUGGAGUUCGUCAUCGCCAGCGAGCUGGUGCUUCUGAACAGGAACUUGCUGACGUUGGAGGUGGCGGCGCAACGCAGCGGCGAUUGGCUGAUCAAGCUCACGUCCAGAGAUGGCGAUUGGUUCUUGGACGAUUUGUUGCUGAACAGCGCCAGAGCGGUCGAGAUUAUUGGGAACUUGCCGCCCAGGCAAAACUAUGACGAAAAGUUUUACAAGGUUCUAAAUGGUAUAAAGAUUUCGAGCAACAUCUAUCAAGGUCUGUACGAUUUGAACUUCAACUUCCACACGAUCAUCAUGCCAGAAACUAUGAAGAAGAUCCAGUGCGACGAACCGACUGUAUUGCAAAUGAUAUUUGAUGUCAACAAACUUAUUGUCGACAUCGGUCUUUCCAUCAGUGAUAUGAUACUGCAGCUUGAGAAAUUGCUCACUUGUGUACUCAUGCAAAUGGAUGUUAAUACUGCCUACGAAUAUGUCCUCGAAAGAACUGCGUUCGCGAAGAAACGCUUCCAGAUGCUCAUUCCUAACCAGAAUGAAUCCCUGACCCAAGGCCAAAUGCUGCUUAUGGGAUUCAACGGACUGUUCGAUAAGCUCAACCAGGAGAUUAACAACUUAGUCGCAACCCUGGGCGAUUUAGAAAUACCCAAAUCUUGGAAGAAAUUGGACCAUGUGAAGGAAGCUAAGAGCAUCGCCCCACAUAUCUUCCAUGCCGAGGUGCGUGCUAUUUUAGAAGACAUAUUCCUUCUGAAGCGUAUCAAGACAAUUUCCGAAUUUUUCGUGCUGGCUCAAGAGACUUGCGUUACGCUGAAAGGAAUGGGUAGUAAUAUGCUUCUAACUGACGAUCAACUGGCGAAACCAGUCAAGCAGUUCAUAGCAGAGUUUAUAUCCAGGAACAUACUGGGAAUCAUACCGGAGAAUAUCACGUACGCCGUUUGUUUCCUCUUGCAGAAGCUGGGACUCGAUAUAACACAUGAGAUUGAACAAAAGGACAUCGGAGCUGAAAGCAAGGUGCCAUUAGACGAUCUCUACACAAAAGCCUGGAACGUCCUCCUCAAGGAAGGCGUCUUCUCUCAGAAUGUCCUCUCGCAGGCAUCCAGCCUGGAAAGCAAUCUGAAGCUGGCAUGGGAGAAACUGCAGGAGCCGAAAAAGAUCGAGCAGAAAUUGACGUUGAUGCAGUCGAGCACUAUGCGACUCAGAAGCCAAUUGGCUGUUCAUAAUGUCAUGUUUGAUGAGAUACUCACUUUGCGGAACUUCGCGUCGAUUAGAGCUAAGUUCAUAGUGGAUAUUCAGGCGGAGGUCGCUUCACUUCAAGCUGUAUAUAGACAACUGAUAGAAGCAUUGACCAAACAACAAUCCCUGAUCGAAAAAGCAUACCAACGGCUCAACUGGGCGAAAGGCGCGAACCCGAACGUCGGCGAGAUCUCGGCUGCAUUCGAAGCUGCCGUACAGGCCCGCAACUCGCAACUAGCUUCCGAACAGAAGAUAGCUAACAACAUUCUUAGUAGCUACGCCACCAUACUGCACCACGAGCUGCUAAGAUCUUCCACCUUGGACGUGACCAAGGAGUACGAUAAACGGUUCCUCGCGUGCUUCGAGAAGUGGAGGUUGGCCUGUCAGUAUAUGGACACGAAAACAGAGAAUUUGCUGCCAGCUGAGGAGCAUAUUUUGAACGCGCUGACGCCGGAGUUGGCCAAUGAUAUGAAGUGGCUGCAGAAGAUCUCGGAGACAAUCACGGAUAAUAUUUCCAUUUCUCAGAAUGAACUUAAGAUGAAGAAGGAGCGUAUCUUCAUCAAGAUCGAUGAGCUGAUGUCUCUGACAGAUAACCUAAAGAGUUUGUACAAUGUACACUGUAAACUGAUGUCCGACGUGAAAGGAUUGUUGAAGACAAUAACCAAAGUAGAAGAAUACAGUGCUGCCGCUCUUUAUUACGUGCAUCAGUACAAGUUAUACACGGAUCAUUUUGUUGAUGCGAUAGCUAUUUUCAAGAAGGACAUGAGUUUCGAGGAAGUCCAAAUCCUUCGCGAGCACCUGGAGUACGUGCGCGCCCACACGCGCGACAUCUACGACGACCUGUUGCGCCUGGAGAGUGUCGAAGGGCGUCGCGACAUGGCCGAGAGGGCGCCCCUCCAGCAGCUAGAGGACAAAGAGCUGGCGUUGGCGAAGCAGGACAGCAUGAACGGGAACGGCGGCAAGGGACAACAGAGGAACGCGUACGCGGUCAACGUCUGGCGCAGAGUGAAGAUGAAGCUGGAGGGUAGGGAUCCUGACCCUGGCAGAAAGUGUACUGUGCAGGAGCAGGUGGAAUACGUGAUAAGAGAGGCGAGCAGUCUAGACAACCUAGCGUUGCUGUACGAGGGCUGGACGCCGUGGGUGUGAGGGGGGAGUGUGGGCCAAGGGGCCAACGCGCCUCUGAUUCAGGAUCAUCUGUACCACACGGCGGCACCUAUCCGGGAGCCGACAGCAAUGGCGGCGGCUUAAGCGGCGACUGCACGACGGCGCCAUGACUGCAACCAAUCGUGAGGGAUGGCGCCCGCGUCGCAACCAAUUAGCAGCAGACAACGCAGUAAGCGCUCAGUCGUUCAGCGAAGGCCCGCGGCCGAGGUCGAACGCGGACUGUUGUUUAUUGGGGUGUGUGGGAGGCAGGUAGGGAUGUAUCUUGGCGGAAUGACAUGAGUUAAGUUAUGCUGUUUUUAAUAAUUAUAAUAAUAACAGACUUUAUUUCUAAUAGACAAAAUUUAUCUAUAUAACAGAAAAUCCAUGAAAGGUACUAUGUUGUUUGAAGUUGCGAAAAAUCGGUAGGUUCGGCAACACUGGUGACAUAACCAUACAUUCUACCAUAUGUUAUGUUUUAUGAUUUUAUCAACAUUGCUCAACUUAGCUGGGCUUUAGCAGGCUAAUAACUUUAUUGCCUGGUUUAUCAUUGUUUCUCAAAUUCACACAUGGAUGCUAGUGACAUCCAGUUCAUCAGUGGCAAGUCAACUGGUUCUGCACCUUAAGUCUAAUACUGAUUGUUAGCAAAUUGAGUUUUCCAUAUUACGUAUAGUUUCUCUUUUUUCUGCCUAUUUUGUGAUUUAUUGUAACUUAACCCGAUUCUAAUCUAAUACUUUAAAACUACAUUGAUUCUGCUUGUACUUUUAUAAAUCAGACACCAGUUACCUUUUCUAGUUUCAUAUUUUUCAAAAAUAGUUUUGACUGUAGAAGAUUAAUAUGAUUUUUAUCAUUGCAUGCAUUUUUUUAUUGUGGUUCAAUAUCAAAAUUAAAGAUAAAUACAUGCGCAAAAACGAUAUGCCAUUCCGUCAAGAAACCGUUCGCCUUAAGGUAUUUGGUAUGUGUAUUGUAAGAGAAAGGGAAAUUACCAAUUUGGUGAAAGUUGAUUCGGAAAAAUGUCUGCGAUUCGACUAUCGGCUAGCGACCUCAUUUUGGGCACACGUGGGAGUGUCUCAUUGUUAAUGCUGCUUGUCAUUCUACUUAUUGUCAGAUUUGGCAGUUAAAUAAAAAGUAACACAAUUGAGAUGGUGGAAGAUCGGUGCUGUUCGAAAAUCUAAAUGCGAUACUUGCUAUAAUAAAUUUAGUAGCAGUACUUAAUUUUUCAUAUAUUUUAUUACCCUCACGUUCUUUUACGCUGUUUCAUGCUUGUGAUGAUUUUUUUUAACAUUCCUCAAACUUGAAUAAUUUUGAAAAUUGGAAAAAUAGUAAAUUUAGAAAAUAUAGAUAAUGGAAAAUUAUAACAAUUAAAAAACCAUAUAACUGUAUUUUUCAAUCGUAGAUAACAAAUCGAUUAUUUUCAAAAUCUAGAAUUUAGUGACAAAUUAGACAGUUGCUUGUACUUCAUUUUACUUUUUUGUAACAUUUCCAAAUCAUUCCUUUAAAGGCAACAGAAUAUUGAUGUUUGCAAGUUUUAAUCCACUGACCAAAAAAGGAGCGCCAUUUAUAUUUUUGAACGGUAGCGGCUAUCGAGUAUAUGACUGUCCUACACAGACCAUGUAGGAUGCAAAUACACAAAUGACAGAUUUUCGCCAGUGUUAUUUGUGAAUGAAUAAAAUGGUUUUAUUCAAAUGUUUAGAUGUUAAUAGAUCAUUCAAGAUUUAUAAUCAGAUUUCGUUUCUGUCAUGCUUCAUACUAAUUUGUUUCAUUGUCGCUAAUAUUGAAAAUAGAUAAGGAUUGAAAAAAUAUCUUUAAAGAUACUUCAUACUCCAUAAUUUAGAGAACCAGAAAAAACUAGGAUCAACUUCUAUUUAUUGCCAUUAAUAGUAUUUUAAAACUCUUUGUCCAAACAAUAAAAUAUAAGCGAAGCUCGUUUUUUUAACAAUUAAAAAUGCAUGCAUUCCAGGGAAAAUGUUUGAAGCAUGACUGAUACGACUGACAAGUAUUUAGAGAGGGUAUUAAUUCACUUUUUUAAUAUUUGCAUCUAAGUUAUCUGCUUGUUAAUUUUUCUUGGCAAUGAAUGGUAUAAUUUGAAACACUAUAAGUGGAACUUUAAGACUGUAAUAAAUUAAUUAUUUUAAUGAAAUGGGACUGAAAAUAAUGUCGCCCUUCAGCAUUCUUUGUUUAUCGCCUUUUACCGUUUGCUAAUACAUCAGAUCGAUUGAACAACCGAAGUUCAAUAUUCUGAAUGUGUUGCCUGACAGAUAAACUUCAGCUUUUCUGGCGUACAGGCUCAACCUAGCCCUGGUAAGUUAAUGAUAUCCUGUCAAUCAUUGUAGAAAUAAACUGCCCAGUAGUGUUCGACCGAAUCUAGAGUUUCAACUUGAGCAAUCAAAUUUUUGGCUGCAAGAUCGUCUAAUUCAUCUUUAGUCUUCAAAAAUGGAUUUUAUUGAUCAUGAUGAUAUUUUAAACGAUGAUUUGGAUAUCCUUAAACUAAUAAAUCGUGGUUUUCUAGAAGAAUGAUUCAAGACCAAAAACAAAAACUAUUUCCAAGAGAUUAGUGACUAUGGCAUUUUCUAUGAACUUUAGUUUGUACAGUUUUGAAUAUUCAGCCUGACAUUGAGCCUUAUCUUCCAUUUUAUAUUACAUAAAAGAUUUCUGUAGUAUUACAAAAGUCAAAUUCAAUGUUGAUGCAACAGGCUAUUAGAACGUAAUCUAAUAAUCAUAAUUGAACAGUCUGAUCUAAUAUUACCUAAAUAACAAUUUUUCCCCUUGCAAAUUUGACCUUUGGUCUGAUCAAAUUUCGAAAACGUACAAACGUUGUUUUUCUGCCGAAACCGAAACUCUGAUUUUCGACCGAAACUAGCCGAAAGCGAAACCAAAAGUUCGGUCGGACCCUUCUACCUGCCAAAUUAAAUACGAAUCUAACGGCUCUACUCAGCAAUGGACGAACGUGAACACACCUUGUCCUCUGCUCAGGAAUGAUAAAAAUAAUGCUUUUUAAGUAACAGUCAAAAGAAAGAAAACCGUAAAUUUCAUAUAAAAAAACAUCAUGCUGGUUCAUUGGCAUAACCCUUACAUAUUGGCAUUGGCCUAGCCUGGCUCAUGGCUUAGAAAAGCGUCAUCUACCAUUAUAUAAUUUAUCAAGGUUUGCCGAACAUGAGUUCAAGAAUAAGAAACACAGAUAGCACUAAAUGUGUAUGACAUUCAAUGAAGGUGAAUCACAGAAAAAUAGAUACUAGCGCUAUCUGUUAAUAUGCCUAGAAUUUACUACUUUGCUGAUAUACAGUCUUAUUGUUUUACUAACCUUGCAUUUUUCACAUUAUACCCAUAUUUGUGUUAAUCAUGAUAUUUAAAUAGUUGGUGUUAAAUAAUAUUUUCAUCUGAAAACAAAAAAAAUUAAGGAUUCCGGUUAAAUGUCUUAGCUGCUCUCUAUAUUGGUAUGUGCCCAGAGAAAUUACGAUAAAGAUAACUAUGUGCUUGAAUGCUACCUCACACUAGGGUGGUUUAGAGUUGUACGUUUUAACUUGAAUUGCUUAGUGGUAAAGUUGAAUAGUUCCAAGGUAACAAAAUUUACAAAACGGUCACAAGUAUCUCUUAACACAUUACAUUCUUGAAACAAACAUUCCUGCUAUCGAACUAUACGAUAUUUCGGGUUUCCCCGGCUGAUGUCCAAGCUCUUGAAUUUUGUCAAUUUAUGUUCGCAAAAUGUUCUAUUCAAAAUGUGUACCAUACUACUUCUAAAAAUGAAGCUUUUUGCGACAUCAUUGUCCGACUGCUUUAUCCAUUUUGCUGAUUCACGACGUAUCGUCGGUGAUUCUGCAAUACCGCGUAACAGACAGUGACUAGAACCGCGUAAUUUGACAGUAAUCAAUAAGAAUGAACAAACUGAACAUGUUCUUAUCGCUACGUGUUUUGGCCGACUGAAUUGUUUUGCCUUGCGUAGCUUGGAGCGAUUUGACUGAUGAUUUUUUUGUAUAUACUUUCUAAAGCACUCUGUCCAGCCUUGAUCCUUUAAUCAGACUCCAUAGACUUGACACAGCGCCUUGCAUGUAGCUUUCCGCUGUUGGACUUGUGGUUCCUACUAUCUGAAACCGUAGUCAUGCCAGGCAUUCACAGUGAUACUGGAAAUGCACUGGGGUUUCCUCAUGUUCUCUGCAGAAACGGCAUGUGGCCCCUUCUGCCCACUCUGGCCCUUAUGGCCUUCCGAUUGAAUCCGAGUAGGUCCUUCGGUGCGGGCGUUCGUUCUUUGAUGAACUAUUUUGCCUGCUCUACCAUUUUGGGGACUUUUUCUUGGUCCAGUUUCUUAUGGACUGUUUAGUGCGUGUUCUAGUCAUGCCACAGAAAGGCUCUGGGCCUAUAAGUGCUGGUACCCAGAGCAGUGUUACCUUGUUUCGGUUUCCCCAGCUCUUUGAAAGUGUUCUCUCAACCCCAUACUAGUUUAGUCGAUAUUUGGGAUGAACUUAAUGCCUUUAUAGCUACCUGGAUGUCUGAGUAGAUGGCGAUAGACUGAUUUGCAGUCUCAUUUCUUAUUAGCUCUUUUGCGCAGACUUGUAUAUUACCUACACAUAUAGAGAUCUCAGUUUUUGGCCUUGUCCCAUAAAUCCCAGCUCCAGCUCCGUCCAGUAGCUUUUAGCAUGUAUAGGAAGGAGGCUCUUUCUCCUACGCCUUGCUUUCAGGUACUAUUGUUUGAUAGUUUUUAUCGAAAUUGUUCACUGGGGCAGUUGUGCCCGUAAACAUUACCAAUAUAGGAUCUGCCUUAAACUCCAUGUGCAGUUUUUGAUGGUAUUUUCGGUGCUGCCGACUGAUGGGUGUUUGGUAUGCGGUUCGAGCUACUGUUAGUUAUGCGGUAUCGCAGUAUCAUCGACGAUAUGACUAGUGAUUUUAUUUAUGAUUCCCAGGAACUGCUUUUGCUGUACUGCACAAUGCGUCAGCCUAAACCAUGUAAAAUUCAAAUUUUAUUGAAAACAUUGAAAUUGCCAAAUUUUGGUAGUUCUACCUAGUGUGAGGCAGUUGUUUCUAUGUAUUCUUCAAUACCAAACAUAAUGUAGUAUUUCUUAGAUGUUCCUCCCUCAUCUAUUUACAAAAUCCUUUUGAAAAAAAAAAUAACAAUCCGUUGUUUUCUAGAUAUAUACUAAUAAUAUAUUUAAGAUUCCUCUUAUAUCCCCUUACUGUAUUUUUUGUAGUUAGAAAUGUAAUAAACAUGG